AUGAACUUUUUCCUGGCACUUAUCUCCCUUUCUCUAUUUCAUUCGAUCAAAUCAGCGAGUGAUGUUUGUGCAGAUGGACAAUUUGCUUGUAAUGAUGGAAGAUGCAUUACUAAUGAUUGGGUUUGUGAUGGUGCUAGAGACUGCUCGGAUGGAUCCGAUGAGCAUCAUGAAGCAUGUGACAAACAUAUGAAUAAGAACUCUUCUUGCUUUGGAAACCAACCUGAAUGCAAGAAGCAUGGAUUAGCACGGUGUAUACCUCAUGAGUGGUUAUGUGAUGGACACCCGGACUGUGAUGCUGGUGAAGAUGAAUACAACUGCACUUCAAUAGACUGGUUCCGUCAACCAGAGUCGCUUAUGAGAAAGUAUCAAAGUCUGUUGGCAGACAAGUCAACAACAACCCAGUAUUUCACGUAUUGCUCCUCAGAUGAAUUCAGAUGCGAAUCCUCUGGAAAUUGUUUGAAACCUAGCCAGCUUUGUGAUGGAAAACCCGAUUGCGGGAAAGGAGAAGAUGAGAAGAACUGCACCAAGAAAUCUGAGAAUACUACUGUAUCUAGUGGGAGAAACGCAACAGCAUUGAUGUCUACUACGACGAAACUUCCUGUUACUACAUCUCGUUUAGAAAAUAUCACUUUGAACGGUUUAUUGCUGGCUAAACCAACUACAUUAACUACAGCAACUUCGAGUAAACUUUCAACAACUACCACUACAUCCGCCACUACAACUACAUCCACCACAACAACAACGCCACCGAAAACCACCACAAUAGAACCUAUUACCGAAACUACAAAACCGCUGAUCAUCCACAUCGAACCAACUCUCCCAUCUUCAUCUUAUAUUCUUCCUACAACCAGAUCCAGUGUCCCCACCACCAGCACCACCAUAACCACCCAGAAAGUAGUUGCCCGCACAUUUGCAACGCAACUACAUACGACGCAACCGCCGAAAAUUGCCGUAAAAUUGUUAAACGACAGUUGGUCGAAUUCCACUGCUGAAAAGAGAAGCAAAAAGAAGCAUCGAUGA